AUGGGUCUCAUCAAAUCAGGUAUGAAGUACGGCUCACUCGCCUACAUCGCCAAUCAAGCUGGCAAAGCAAUCGGUGGCUACAGCCAGAGUCACCAACAACAGCAGCCACAGCAGGCCGGACGACCAGCAUUAUACGCCCGACAUGGCCAGUUCCGUGAUGCCAGUGGAUACUUGCACCAGUCUUGGUGUAAUGGACGGUGCGGCCAGCGUUGCAUGGAUGCAGCCAACAAUUCUGGAUCGUGGUCAGGUGCGGCCGAUGGGUAUAAUGGUGGAUAUCAGCAGGGACCUGCUUCGCAGUAG